CAGCUAUCAUUUCUUUGCGUUAUCCUUGAGAUUGAGAUUUAAAGAGCUGUGCUUGUGGUAUGUGGUUGAUAGAAAGGUUUCUUGCUCAUGCAAAAGUUGAAUCUUUGAAAUCAAAGGAGGCAGCUGAACAAAGGAUGCUUAAAAAGAGAAGCUGGUUUUCUUUUAGAUGGAGUACAGCUACUGCAGAUGUGUCUGCAGGGGAUACUUCUGAAGAAGCUAAUACACUGGAGGACCAAUUGACCCGGGAGGAAUGGCAGGCGAUCAAUAAACUACUAAGUUACCAGCCAGAUGAGGAACUGGUACUGCAGUAUGGAAAAGAGAAUAUGAUCCAGUAUUUGUUAGAUGUUUCUAUCAGUAGGGCAGCUGCACGGAUAAUUGAUAUAGAUCACACAGAGAUUGUUUGCGGUAGAUUUGAAAAUCUUUGUGUGUCUACAAAAUUAAAGCAUCGAAACUCCCACUGCGACGUGACGCUGAAAUUUUAUGGAUUAUCUGCUCCUGAGGGUUCACUUGCCCAGAGUGUCAUUAGCGAGCAGAAGGUGAAUGCUCUGCAAGCUAGUUUCAUACAAGCACCUUCUGGGGAAAAUGUCGACUGGCGUCUAUCUGCAAGAAUCUCGUCUUGUGAUGUUACAGUUUUCAGGGAAACCUAUGACCGGUUUUUAGAAUUUAUGAAAAGGAGCAAUGCUGUUAGCCCUACUGUAGCAUUAGAAACUGCAACUGUGUUACAGAAUAAGAUUGAAAAGAUGACUCGCAGAGCGCAGGAGCAAUUUCAAAUGGUACUCGAGAAGCAAAGCAGAUUUGCCCUUGACAUUGAUCUCGAUGCUCCAAAAGUUAGAGUUCCUGUUAGACCACGUGGCUCCUCCCAAUGUGAUUGCCAUCUUCUUUUGGAUUUGGGUCAUUUUACUUUACAUACCAAGGGUGAUGGCCUACUGGGUGAUCAGAACCAAAGUUUGUAUUCUCGUUUUUAUAUCUCCGGAAGGGACAUAGCAGCUUCUUUUACAGAUUGCGGUUCUGAUGAUCAGGCUUGCAGUUUGUCAUGUCAGCCUUCGGCAUAUCAUAACCCGGAAGAUGCCAAGAACUUAUGCUCUCUUGUUGAUAAGUGUGGAAUGGCUGUUAUUGUGGAUCAGAUUAAGGUGCCUCAUCCCGGCCAUCCGUCAAUGCGUGUUUCUGUUCAAGUUCCCAAUUUUGGCCUUCACUUUUCGCCAGUGAGAUAUCGCAGGCUGAUGGAGUUGUUAGACAUAUUAUACCGAGCAACGCCAGAUACCGAGCAGCCUGCUAUUGAAAAUCUCCCACCAGAAUAUGCCCCUUGGUAUCCUCCUGAUCUUGCAAUUGAGGCUCGGAUCCUUGUUUGGAGGGGGAUUGGCUACUCAGUUGCUUCAUGGCAACCAUGUUAUCUUGUGUUAUCUGGUUUAUAUCUUUAUGCAUUGGACUCUGAGCUGUCCCACAGUUAUCUUAGAUGCUCAAGCAUGGCUGGUAAGCAAGUACUUGAAAUUCCUCCUGCCAAUAUCGGAGGUACCUUUUCCUGUAUCGGCAUCAGCGCCAGAGGAAUGGAUCUGCAGAAGGUUCUGGAGUCCUCUAGCACCAUGAUAAUAGAGUUCCGUGAUGAGGAGACGAAGGCUACUUGGCUGAGAGAACUUACAAAAGCCACUUAUCGAGCUUCUGCUCCUCCUCCGAUGAACAUACUGGGAGAACUAAGUGAUGGUGUAAUGGAAAUAGCUGAACCUCGAGCUGCAAAUGCGAGGACAGCUGAGCUUGUUGUUAAUGGAACACUGAUUGAGAUGAAAUUGUCAUUAUAUGUAAAGGCUGUAGAUGAUCUUGCAGAGAGACUUGACGAGACACUACUGCUUGAUGUUCUUGCUGCUGGUGGAAAGGUGCGUGUAUUGCAUUCUGAAGGUGACUUGACAGUAAAGAUGAAACUGCACUCCUUGAAAAUUAAUGAUGAACUUCAACGUUCUUUAUGUUCGGGUCACCAAUAUCUGGCUUGCUCUGUUUUGAUGGAUCAUGGUGCUGCCAGCUGUCCUGACCCCUUGGAACCUCAUGGGAAAGAGCUACCUUUGAUGGUAAUAGAAGAGGAUGAUAUUUUCAAGGAUGCCUUGCCAGAUUUCUUAGCCUUUACAGAUUCUGCUGAAGCUACUACCCCUGAGAAGGAGCUAUUGAGGGGAAGAAGUGUUCUUGGUGAUAUUUUCUAUGAGGCAUUGGGGUCUGAUGACUCUGAUUUUGUGUCUCUAACAUUUAUAACAAGGACUCCUGAUUCUCCUGAUUAUGAUGGCAUAGAUACGCAGAUGAGUGUUAGUAUGUCCAAGCUGGAAUUCUUUUGCAACAGACCUACUCUUGUUGCUUUGAUCGAUUUUGGCUUUGAUCUGAGUUCAGGAAAUAACAUGUUAAAUAGUGAAGAUCUCCCGAAAGAUCCAGAUGAAUCUUUAGUGAACAAAGAGAAAACAGAAGAAUACGGCCAUACACAUGUCAAAGGGUUGCUUGGUCGUGGAAAAGACCGUGUUGUGUUUAUUCUAAACAUGAAUGUUGACAGUGUUACAGUGUUCCUCAAUAAGGAGGAUGGUUCUCAGCUUGCUAUGUUUGUGCAAGAAAGUUUUCUGCUGGAUAUUAAGGUUCAUCCAAGUUCUACUUCCAUAGAAGGUACCCUUGGAAACUUCAGGCUAUGUGAUCUAACACUUGGUUCCGACCAGCGAUGGGGUUGGCUAUGUGAUAUUCGUAAUCAAGGGGCUGAAUCACUCAUUCAGUUUGUAUUCAAGUCUCAUAGUACAGAAGAUGACGAUUAUGAAGGAUAUGACUACAGCUUGCGGGGUCGACUUUCAGCAGUUCGUAUAGUUUUCCUUUAUAGGUUUGUUCAAGAGAUUACUGCGUACUUCAUGGAGCUUGCCACUCCCCAUACUGAGGAAGCUAUUAAACUCGUUGAUAAAGUGGGAGGGAUUGAAUGGUUGAUUCAAAAAUAUGAGGUUGAUGGAGCCUCUGCAAUAAAGCUGGACCUUUCACUCGAUACUCCCUUAAUAAUUGUCCCAAGGAAUUCCAGAAGCGAAGAUUUCAUGCAACUUGAUCUUGGCCAUCUGCGUGUCCAAAAUGAAUUUUGUUGGUUUGGGUUCCCCGAAAAAGAUCCUUCAGCUGUCCAUCUCGAUAUUCUUGAUGCAGAGAUUUUGGGGAUUAACAUGGCCGUGGGGAUCAACGGAUGUAUAGGCAAACCAAUGAUACGUGAAGGCAGAGAUAUUCAUGUUUAUGUUCGGCGCAGUUUGCGAGAUGUUUUCAGGAAGGUCCCUACGUUUGNAUUUGUUCUGGAAGUAAAGGUUGUUGUUCU